AUCCAAUUAAUAAAAAAACGUUCGCCCUAUCAGUUUAUUUUGCUUUAUCAUAUAAUUAUGAAAUUGUCAUUCUAUGGAUCCUUAACAGAGUUGUAUUAUACUCAGGUGACCGUUAAGGCCCUUUGGCCCAUUGUUUGUAAGUAUAGAUUAAUAUAGGAACCACUUUUUAAAGGUAUAACAAAGGAAUAUAUAGGGGGAAAAAAUCUAAAAAUCCUCUCCUCAACAACAGCAAAGCCACAAUUAGUCACAUUGAUAUGGAAGCAUCUUCAGAUAGUUUAGAUUCAAGUUUGUUGAAAUCAUGACACCUGGGGGUAGGGUGGGGUCACAAAAGCAAUCAAACUUUUACAAAAUUUAUUGUGUUAAAAAUCUGCUGAUGAAGAACAGCGGGGUCAUGUUGACUCAGGUGAGCACUGUGUCCAAUGGGCUUCUUGAUAUAAAAGUACCAUCUGUUUCUAAUCUUUCUGAAAGCCCUUGUGUUCCUAUAUCAAACACGAGUUAUUAGUAUACAUGUUAUCUCAAUUUAUUUUUCAGAUUCAGGAAUUUGAAGCAAGUGUUCUAAGACAUGUGCAUGACGAUAAAGAGGGCAACUUUUUUGCCAGUGUAUCUGACUUUAAAGAGGGAAGAUACUUUAUCAAAACAAAAUUUCAUGAAGAGUUUCUUGAGAAAUUAAAGGAUUACAGAGCAACAAAAAGUACCUGGAUCUAUUUGAAUGGAAUUGAGGGUUUAGGGAAAACAUCAUCAGCAAUUUACUAUGUUUUUAGUUGUCGAGAAAAUGGUGACCUUUCAGUUCAUUAUGUUGACUUAAACAAAAUUGAAAAGAGAGAUGAAGAUUUGGAAUCUUUUGUUGCUUAUUCUAAGAAGUUUGAAGAUAAGGACUGUGUUAUUGUAGAUCAUUUAACCCUCUAUAAUACACACUAUCUAGAAAAAAUUAAAAGAAUUGUGGAACGGCAAGUUGAAGAUCCAAAGUUUAUUCUCAUUGAAACAGGUUUCACCGCAAGUGCACAUAAAUUUAUGGAAUUUGGAAGGAAAUUUCAGCUUGAUGAAGACUCUUUUCUUAACAUAUGGAAGGGGUCCUUGGAAUACCUUAUAUCGAAAAAAGACAAGGAGGAUAAGAAUUAUGGGCAGCGAUUGGGCCUUUUAGACAAAGGAAAGGAAGUUUAUGAUGAAUUUUCAAAGGAGUACAUAAUGACACCUAAAUUGUUGAAUAGUGUGUUAGAGGAUAUGUACACCAGAACAGAUGGAACAGUUGUAGAUGCUUUUGCACAGUAUACAAAAGAGAAACAACAUAAAAUCAUUAAUUGUAAAAGUUGUGAAAAUAAUGAGUAUGCCAAGUUUCAGCUCCACACUGCUGUUCUCCUUCAUUUUAUUCCAAACAGAAAUGAAAUCGUCAUGAAAGGGGAAUGGGCACAGGAAAUAAAGAUAGGGAUCAACAUAUUUGAAGUUGAGCGUUACAAAAUUCAAACAGAUGAUCUGCAAAGUAAUCUUGAAUAUGCAAGGAUGGGUUUGGGUGUUGGUGAUGUCUGUGUAAAAAUUCAACAUCUGAUUCCUAACUUGGCAAACUGUUGGCGAGAAAGGUUUCCUUAUGAUUUAGAACAGAUGUUACGUAUUGCAAAAACUGUUGGUUUUGAUAAAAUUUUGCCAAUUAUGUUUCAGCAUGGUGGAGCAAGAAAGGAGUUUGAAAAAAUGUUUGUUGAGUGUCAAAAAGUGUGUAAAUCUGUACUUUUGCCAUUUUCCAGUGGUAAUGAAACAUUGUAUCAGCCAUCACAGAAAAAGCAAAAAGUGUUGCAAACACCUUGGAAAGUAGCAUCCACUCCUGCUGAAAAUUUCUUUGAACGAGAUGGAAAAGACUUAUCUGCAUACUAUCAAGAUAUACCACAAAAUCUAAAAGGUCAUGAAAGAAGUGUUGCAUUAUUUUCACUUUUUAUAAAACAACUCUCAAAGUCAUUUGAUAGGUUUUUGGUAUAUCCCCAGAUACCAAAUUUUAUGGGAGUAGACUACUUUGUCUUUUAUGGUGGCUGUGGAGAAGAAGGGGAGGGAUGUACAUCAUGUAAAAAGGUUAAAGUUCAGGAAAAAACAUUGUACCUUGUUCAAGUGGCAACUGGUGCAAUGCAUCGAGGUGAUACCCUUGGUCAAGCUUUGAAUAUAGUGAAACAACUUUUUGUGAAUGAAGAUAUUGUAGUUCAUGCUGUUGUUAUUGUUGCAAGCAGGAAUAAAGAGUCCUGUACAUUGACAAGGUGUGCGUUUAAAAACAUUUCUGUGCUUAACUUGGAUGGAACAGAAGAAUUACUGCUACAGAAAAACUACCUUCUUUAUGAUUUUUACUUGGAACUUGUCAGGUUCACCUGAGUCUUUUAGGUGAACUGUUGCCUUGGAUAAGCUGUCUGAUACAUGUAUACAAAGUAGCUAAUAUCUGAGGUUGAUCAUUUUCUGUCAAAUUUAGGUCACUUGAGUUGCACGGGUAACCUAUUGCAAUUUGUUCCUGUCUGUUUGACGUGCAUCAUUCAUUAAAAAUUGAACAUUUUUAAUUUCUUGAAAACUACAUGGCCAAUUCUUUUCAAAUUGGUAUUAAGUAUCUUGGGGUAAGAGAAACAUAAAUUGUAAAUUUUAUGAAGCUUGCAUCCUAGGGGCUCUAAAGGACCAAGCCAAAAUUUGACCAAUUUUAAGAACUACCAAAAUUGUACUUAUCAUGACCCCUGGGGCAGGGCUUCAGACUCUAGGGCAAGACCAAUAUGAUAAUAUAGUGAGAAUGUACGUGUAUGAAAUGUAAGAAAAUCUUCUCGACUCCCACACAUACAUGUACAUGUAUUUCAGAUUUAUAAAUAAAAUAUGGUUAUAAAGUCCAUGCAUGUUUAAAAUGUCCAUAAACCCUGCAACCAAAAUUAUAAAAUUCAUAGCCCAUGGGUUGGGUUCAGGGAGGGGCAUAUAAGAACAUAUCAUGAACAUCUAUUAAAUUUCUAAAAAAUCUUCUUGUAUUAUUGGCACAGUAGUGAAGGAUAAUCUGAAUACUUGGUUAUAAGUUGUGAAUUUUUUUACCCCUGCCUCAGGGAUUUAUGCUUCAAGGUGAGGCUUAUAUUGUCAUAUGGUGAAAAUGUAAUAAGAGCUCAUGUAUGCACAAUUAUGACAAUACUAAAGCUAAAUAAUUAAAACUGAAUUACACAAUCAAAAAGAUGGACUGAUACUCAGGUGGUUGAUAAGACAUCUUGGCCUCUUGUAUUUUCUCUCAAAGCAAGAAUCUAAGGUGAGAAAUAUACGGUAUAUAUAUAAUCCAUACAUGUAUCAGUAUUUUAUGAUUAGGGAUUGAUGCCCCCCCCCCCCCCCCCAGAUCAGGAAGGAUCCCUAAUAAGAGAAAUGAUUGGGAAAAUCCUUGUGAAGAAAAUGUGGAUGAAAUAAUUAUUUAAAGUAUAAAGGAAAGUAAUGUGGAAGCAAGCUAUUUGUGUAGUGUAAUUUAGUCAUACAUGUAUCAUUACACCUGUCGGGGGGGUAAAGGAUGUUUCAUUGAAAUUUUACUUAUUAAAGAAUAUAUUAAGCAAAUGAUGUGAAACUGGUAUAAAAGAAAGCUAGUGUAUAGAUGUUUCAGAUUUAUUAUAUCAUACUUGCUUGGGGUCAUAGAACAAAGUUCUGCAAAAAAUGAUGGCAAUUUUUUUGUAAAAUUGAACAGGAAGCAAACUAGUAUGAAAUUUACUGGUACAUUUUUGAGAUAAGUAUCAUUAAUGUUUCCCUAAAAUUAGUGUGCAUUUAAACAUGCUGUUAAAGUCAUACUUGAUCUAGUAAAGCUAGAUAGCAAUAUGUCAAAAGAGAUUGGAUUUUCAUGUGAGUGAUGUGGCCCUUGGGCCACUUUUUUGAAAGGGGGGACUUUUCGCACUGAAACAAAAGUUAUAAUUUAAUCUUAAACUGUUAAUUAGUCGUAAUGUGAUAAUUUUUUUAUCACACAUAACACUGCAUUCUUUGAAAAUAUGUGAUUUUUGGAUGAGAAAUGAUUACCAUAGCGAUUCUAUCAUUUCCAUUCUAGAAUUUAUAUCCAUUGGCAGCAUGGAUCUCAUUGCAUUUGUUUUAUUUCAUACUAUAUGUAUUAACCUAUCCAUGUUCUGCAUGUAAGAUAAGUACAAAAGGCUUCAUGUUACAUUAGGAUUAAAUUUGUCAUUUAGUGUACAUUAUUUUGAUGUUUCACUGUAAAAAAUAUCUUUACUUCUGCUGAAAUUGAAUAAAAAGGGUAAAAAUAA